CUCGAGGAAGGUGUUUUCGGCGGGGCGAUGUAGCGACUUCCGCAACGAUUUUCGGUAAAUAAUUUGGAAUUAAGUGUUUUGAAACCAAAUAUUCCAACUGGAUUUAUUCGGAUUAUUCUAAUUGUGUGUAUUGGCGUGGAACAAUCGGCUGAAGAUGAAUAAGAAGUGUGCAAAGUGCACAAAAACUGUGUAUCCGACGGAGGAGCUCAAAUGCUUGGAUAAGGUAUGGCACAAAGCGUGUUUCAAAUGCACGUCGUGCAACAUGACACUAAACAUGAAAAAUUACAAAGGAUACGACAAACUGCCAUAUUGUAAUGCUCAUUAUCCAACGACAAAGUUCACGGCGGUAGCGGACACCCCAGAGUCGAGAAGAAUAGCAGAAAAUACAAAAAUACAAAGUAAUGUUCAGUACCACAGUGAUUUUGAGCGGACGAAAGCCAAUUACACGGUGGUGCCGGAUAACCCGGAGUUACUGCGCCAUCUCAGUAACACGAAGAACGCUAGUUUGAACGAGUACCACAGUGACUUUAACAAGAUGAAGAACAAGUACACGUCGGUCGCCGUCCCCGCCGACAUGGUACAGCACUUGCAGAACACCAAGAAUGUCAGUCUGAACGAGUACCACAGAUCGUUUGAAGAAAGCAAAGGGAAGUGUUUGUCUGUAGCCAGGUCUCUGGAGAUGGAGCAACAUUUACGUAACACGAAAAACGCUAGCCUGGUGUCUUACCAUGCCGACUUUGAGAAGCAGAAGGGGAAGAAGACGUCAGUGGUGUCCGACCCGGAGACGGAGCGGAUCCGAUACAACACCCAGAUCCAGAGCGCCAUCGCCUACCAGGGUGUCCGGCAACGCAAGGACGAGAUGGAACAGAAGAGGCCCGCCGAAAACUUGGAAGCUGGCCGGGCGCACCAUCACCACGCUGCGGUUAGGACGAGUGGGUAUGCGCCGACCCAGGACGAGGUUAACUCGCCGUACUCAGGCAAACAAACGUCCAACGUCGUCUACGACUCGAAGGCCGGCCAAGAUCUUUCCCAACCACCAGCAUUUGACGAGGACAUCCAAAACGGCAUGGGCCGGCGCCAACCGGGCUCCAUCGCGGACUAUGACCCCAUGAACGAUAGGUUUGGCUCUAUUACGGGUUCCUACCCGAACCCGCCACCUCAACAGCAGGCCUACCAUGAGCCGCCUCCUCAACAGCCGCCACCCCAGAAGUACGUGCCGCCUCCUCAACAACAGCCUCCGCUGCCACAGCGACCGAUGGACCCAUAUGCAAAUAAAGGGAUGGUGUGCAAGGCAAUGUACGACUAUGUUGCCGGGGACGACGACGAGGUGGGCUUCCUGGACGGUGACAUCAUCGUGCAAUGUGAGCCUGUCGACCAGGGCUGGAUGACGGGCAUCGUGGAGCGCACCGGUCAGCAUGGAAUGUUGCCGUCUAACUACGUGGAGCGCAUCAACUAGCCAGCGUCCCGAUAGUAUUGUUAUCACCUAAACCUUACCGUACUCUUUCUCUGUGCUAGCCCCAGGUCAAAACAAGCCUUCUGAUUGGAAGUUCCAACGCCAUAUAACUGUAAAUAAAAUGUGUUGAGUGCAUCGUUAAAUAAAACAUUUCCUUCCUUCUGAUUGGAAGUCUAUGUCUGUGGGCUUUGUGGCAAAACAUCACAAAUAGCCGAUGAUUAAUAAAUCAGUGUGCUCUAGUGUGGCGUUAAACAAAACAAACUUAACUUUCAUCUGCAAGACCUCCCAUCCCCACUUUUAUAAAGUAGACUCUUCCACUGUAUCUAUGGAAAAGUCCAUUAUAUUUUGUAGGGGUGAAUGGGUUGACACUGAUGUUUUUAAAUUCAGGCAAUGGAGGGUUUUUUUAAUAUUUAUUUUUUAUUUUUAAAUUGAAAUUAUUUAUUUAAAUUAAUGCAAACUAGUAUAGAUUUUGUUGUGGCUAUUUCUGCAUCUGUUAACUUUAAUGCUUUUUAUUUCAAGAUUGCCUGUUACAUUCAAUCAUAAAUUUUUAAUUUUCCAGAAUUAUUCCACAAAAUUACAGGUGUGUAUCCAAGGAAACGCUGGGAGUGCACACCCUUUCCCUGAAUUUCUAAGGGCCCGGAAAAUCCAUUGUUAAACAGACCUGAUGAAAAUAAUGAAUUCAUUUUCAGGGGACGGGUUGGUGGGUGGGGUGGGGGGUGGGGUGGGUUGAUAGUGAGGAGUUACAUCUUGGUCAAAUGUCUGAUCCUGGGAAAGAUUGCCGUUUUGAAUUCUCCACACCCUCCUUAGAAAACUUCCAGAACCAUUGUUUAGCAAGGGCGAUUCGUUCACAGAUGGUACUUCUACCUGUAAAAAUAAUGGACUCUUCUCUUCUGAUAGUUGUUAUUCUAUGUAGCUGGACAUCGAAUCAGAAGGCUUUUUAAAAAAUAUUUUAUGUUUUGUUUGAAUUGUAAACUGUAUUUCUAUCUUGUUCUUCUUUUCUUUUGAAUCUUGAAAGUUUAUUGUAAUUGCACAGAUUAUGUAUGGCUUUGUAUAUGUGGCAGAUUUUAAACAUACCUUCAACCUGACAUUUAGUGUGUUGUAGAUCUUGUUGAUGUGUUUAGGAAAUAAUGAAUGAAAUCUUGAUUUUAAAAAUACAAACGGAUGGCUGUAUGCAUGUUUUUUCUUAGUGGUCUUUGACUUGUUACGUUUGAUGACAACACACAAACAACACAACAACACGGUGUGUUACAAGUCAUGGAAAUUGCUGAAAGCCGUGAACUUUUGUAAAAUGUCAAACGCCGGGGCCUGCAGAGCCAUGGAAUUUUGAUUUGGUCAUGAAAAAUUAUGUUUGUGGGGUUUUUUUGCCCCCUUUUUUGUAAAAACAGCACAAGAUGUGUCUGAUUGAUAAUUUAUUUGAAAAUGCUGUACGUUUUAUUUAGAUUGUGUUGAUGAUCACAGAGAAAUCUUGAAAUUACUUUUUAAAAAAGGCGAAAGGUAAUGGAAGCCAUGAAAGAUUCAUGGAAUUUGUUGAUGUUGAAUGUGAACCUAAAACAUCACUGGAUAUUGUACAGUAGUGAUAUUCUGCUUGGAACAGAACGUAGACGGGCAUGGGUGGGUGCUUCCCUAAAACUGAAAGCAGGGUAGUUAAGAAUGUUCAUUGUUGUACCCCCACCCCCACCCCACCCUUUCGCUCUCCCCAACUGAAAGGGAACACAAAUAUAGAUUUCAAUACAUAUUUAAUUUUCUGCUGGAAUAAUUUCUCUGCUAAACACAUUAAUGUACAUGUAACUAAUCACAGUAACACUGCUUUUAUACAGCCAGGCUUUUUCUUUUCUUUUCUUUCUUUCCAGUCGUAUGACUGAAACUUCCUUAACGUGCUUGUUUAGUUUGACAUAUUGUUGUUAUUUAAUAACUGGCUUCCAUUGAUCAGAAAAUCGGUGUCCAAAUUGAAGUAGCAUUGAGCUAAAUUUAAUUAUUUUUAAACUAGCCACAUCAUCUACAAAUGACACAUACUUUUCGAAAUAGCUUCUUGGUUUUUUUUUUGACAAAUUGGUAAUGACAUAUCUUUGCCAAAUUUGACUUAAAUUGUAUUUGGCGAUUUGGCGAAUGACAGCGUAAACCCUAUGGCUAUUGGUUGGUUAACAGAGUGGAAUACAGUUGAUAAAGGUAGUCAACAUUUACGUUUUGUGAUUGUGCUUGGCUCCACCCAUUUUAUACUUACACGUAAUAAUAUUUCUCAAAGUGGUAUUUUGUCCUACAGUAGUAUGUAAUAUUGCCUUGUGUGAGAAUCAGCCCCAUCUUGUAGAGAAGGUUUUGUUUUGUACUGAUCUCUCAAUCUUGCAUAGCGAAUUGCAACACAAUACUGAACACAGUGUUCCCUGUCUUGUAAUGUAACAUCAUCUUGUGCAAGUCAUUGUGUGCUACAACUAUCAGCUAUUGUCAACUGAUGUCCUAAACUGUACCUUAACUACAUCAGUCUGCAUAUAUGUCCUACAGUGUAACAUAACAUCACAUGUUGUCAACUGAUAUCCUAAACUGUACCGUAACAACGUCAGUCUGCAUAUAUGUCCUAUAGUAUAAGUUAAUAUCAAUAUGUCCUACAAUAUAAGUUAAUAUCGGCCAAUGCAAGUCUUGUCUACAGUGUAACAUAACAUCAUUUAGUCUCAGCUGAUGUCCUAUAGUGUAACAUAUCACUUCACAUCACCAAUACUAGCCUAUUCUAUAGCAAAAUAUAACAUCACCAGUUUCAGCAUGUCCUACAAUAUAAUAUAUCACUUCACAUUACCAAUACUAGCUUAUCCUAUAACAUAAUGUAACAUCACCAGUUUCUGCCUGUCCUACAAUAUAAUAUAACAUCAAUUCCAGCCUGUCCUACAAUGGAAUAUAACAUGAUCAGUGCCAGCCUAUCCUACAAUGGAAUAUAACAUGACCAAUGCCAGCCUAUCCUACAAUGGAAUAUAACAUCUCUUAACAUGACCUGUUCCAGCCUGUCCUACAAUGGAAUAUAACAUCUCUUAACAUGACCUGUUCCAGCCUGUCCUACAAUGGAAUAUAACAUCUCUUAACAUGACCAAUUCCAGCCUGUCCUAUGUAACAUCUCUUAAUAUGACCUGUUCCAGCCUGUCCUACUAUGUAAUAUAACAUGACCAAUGCCAGCCUGUCCUACAAUGUAACAUCUCUUAACAUAACCAAUUAUAGCUUGUCCUACAAUGUAACAUCACCAAUACCAGCCUGUCCUACAAUGUAACAUCUCUUAACAUAACCAAUUAUAGCUUGUCCUACAAUGUAACAUCCCUUAACAUCACCAAUGCCAGCCUGUCCUACAAUGUAACAUCUCUUAACAUCACCAAUGCUAGCUUGUCCUACAAUGUAGUAUUCUUCAUGCCUAAUGUAACAUCACCCAGUGUUAGCCUACAUGGUAUGUCUUCAUAUGUAACACUUACACUAGGUCUUACCACACAUGCAUAACAUAACCUAAUACUAGCAUAUAUAUAUAUAUCCUACCAUGUAAGAUUACUUUACACCAUUCUGUCCUACCAUGUAACAUCACUGAUGUUUGAUGUCCUACAAUGUUCUGCUGUGUAGUGCCACUGGCCCCAGAUCAUGACACGCCCAUGUAUGUUUUCCCGCGUAAUUGCAAUGUAUAUGUAUUCUCUGAUGUUGAACAAAUAAUGAAACCCAAGCAUAUGAUUAGUUAGAUUAUUUUAGUUUUGGUUCACUUCUCUUCAUUUCUGAAACAGGAUUUUGUUUUAGUACUUGUGUUAUGGUUCUCUGUUAAUACAAAAAAAAGUUAGAAAAAGUUGAAAUAAAUGUCCAUUGCAUUUUGCUCUAGUUUAAAACAAAAAAAUGAAAUGAAAUGAAAUUUAAAGUUUUGUCAUGUUGCAGUUUUAUACAAGUCUUCUGUUAUGUUUAAAACACUUUUCUAAUGUUGCAGUUAUUUAACAAGAAAGAAGUGUUAUUAAUCAGCCAUAAAAAUGAUUUUUGUUACUUAAUGUUUGUUUUGCCAAACGAAAUCUUAACGCCUUUUGCGUUAGAUGUGUAUCAUGUUUAUAGGCUUCGUUUUUGUAAAUGGAUAAUCAAUCCAUGGCUUAACUGAGUGGCGUUCUCGUUUUGCGAUUAGUAUGGAAUCAUGCUGUGAGAACACCUAAAUAUAUCGGAACACAGUGUGGCAGGCUUGAUUCCCUCCUGACACAGAUAUGUCUUGUGAACUUAGAGCUUAUAGCCAGGAAUUAUGUGCUUGAACCUUAAGUGGUUGUGUAAGCAUGUGUACACAAAUUGCAUACGACAAGUCGGUGCGACUGAGCGCAUAAUGAGAACGCCGCUUAAUGGAAUCUACCAGAUUCUGUAAACCUGCCUGAUUAUCCAUGUAUUAUGUAAUCCACAAGGGGCACUAAUUUAGCUAUGAGUUGGUAUUAAAAUGAAUGGAUAUUGGAAUGGACUAGACAUAUUAUUCAGGCUAGAUAAAUAAUCCAGUAGGCAAGUAACUCUAGCCCCAGCAGCCGCUUGUGAUUUCUACACAUGGGAGACAACUCCUGCCUUUUUAGCCACCCAUAGGUUCGUAUUCGUGUGUUGUGCUUAUAAACGGAAGUAUUUAGUCGUUGGAAAAAGUAGUCGGCAAUAGCAAAGUGGAUAUUUCUUGGCCUUAGAAACUUUGAUUAGCAAUUGUUCUGUCAGUUUUAGGAAUGUUUGUUUGACCAUUGUUUUUUAUUAAUUUUUUUAUAUAUAUAUAUAUAUAUAUACAUAUACAUAUGUAAAUUGUUAAUGUUGUGCAUAUUAUUUAAACAAAAAAUUAAAGUUGAAUUUUCUAUGUUUAAACGUUGUUUUUUUAAAAAUACGAAACACCUCAUUUUACACCAUACAGGUAUACUUAAAGUAAAAUAUUUAUUGUAUUUAAUGUCUUUAAGGAUUGUUAAAUCUUUUUUCUUUUCUUUUUUCUUUUCUUUUUGGUUAAAUUAUAAUUAAUAUGCUCAAACAAGAUUUUUUAAUAAUUAUUUCAUAAUUACAAGAUAAGUUGUUAAUUUAUAGUAAGUAACUCACUGUUUUUGCAUUAACAGGUUUUAGCACCAGUGGUUUUGAGAUGUAGUUAUCACCCAUGCCCUUUCAUUACAUCAACCUGUGUAUGAUCUUUUCUAUAUGCUUGUUUUUAAAUGUGAAAAUAAUAUUAAUAAAUACUAGUUUGAUUAA